AUCCUCUCCGAGGCGGCCAUAGCCCUUAACUUACGUAUAUGUAUAUAUUUCGUUUGUCUCCCAUAAAUCCACAACCCCCCGAUCAGACCUCCUCUCUCUCACACACAUCUGGCAACCAGCUUCUUUUCCCUCUGCUCAUCAAUUCAUCCAUUCUGCUUCCUCUCAUCUGUCUUUGUUUUUUAAUCUCCUCCAAAGAUUAAACUUCUCAAGAUAUGGAGAUAUGCUAUAGGCAGCCAUAUGUUCAUCCAGAAUUCAAGUUACUUAUUGAGAGAAUUCAUCCUCCCAGGAUUUGCAUUGAUAAUGAAGCAUUCCCAGACUGCACACUUGUGAAGGUUGAUAGUGCCAACAAGCAUGGGAUAUUGCUGGAGAUAGUUCAAGUUUUGACAGAUCUUGAUUUGGUCAUCUCCAAAUCUUAUGUCAGUUCUGACGGCGGUUGGUUAAUGGAUGUGUUUCAUGUGACUGAUCAAGUGGGAAACAAAAUAAUGGACGAAAGUAUCAUCCACUACAUCCAGCAGGCUCUUUGUGAAAGUAGGAGGGGGGUCCAAUCCUUCAUAGGUAGAGACGUUAGGCCUCGAUAUGUGUCCACAGAACACACAACUGCUUUGGAAAUGACUGGUACAGACAGGCCUGGGCUAAUGUCUGAAAUCUCAGCCGUGCUGGCUGAGAUGGGAUGCCACAUUACCGCAGCCGUGGCUUGGACCCACAACUCUCGAGCAGCUUGCAUACUCUAUGUUGAAGAAGAAGAAGAAGACAUGAAGCGUGGGCCGAUCAGGGACCCAUACCGCGUGGCCCAAAUCCAAGGCCAAUUAGAGAAUGUUGUUGAGGCCCAUCACUAUAACGGGGAACGACGGAGCGUGAGGUUGUCGGACCCCGGCGCGAUCCGGACGCAUACCGAGAGGCGGCUCCACCAGCUAAUGGCAGCUGAUGGAGACUACGAGCAAUGUAGCCACAGGAACGGUGGUGGGACCCGCGUGAAGAUAGAAAAUUGUAAAGAGAAAGGAGGGUACAGUAUAGUAACAGUGUGGUGUAAAGACAGGCCGAAGUUGCUGUUUGACACCGUUUGCGCCCUUACGGACAUGCACUAUGUUGUUUCUCACGCAUCCAUUAGCUCUCAGGAUUCAAUGUCGCUUCAGGAGUAUUACUUAAGGCAUGAGGAUGGCUGCACUUUGGACUUGGAAAGUGAGAGGAUUAGAGUUACACAAUGUUUGAUAGCCGCCACCGAAAGAAGAGCUUCUUAUGGAUUGAGGCUGGAUAUACGCACUCAAAACAGGACGGGAUUGUUAUCGGACGUGUCAAGAGUGUUCCGAGAAAAUGGAUUAUCCAUCUCCAAUGCUGAGAUUGGGACACAAGGUGAGAGCGCAAUAGGCACUUUCUACGUCAAAGACGCUUCGGGGCAAAGUGUUAAUGCAGAAACACUAGAGUCAGUUAGACGAGAAAUCGGAAGCACCUCUGUGGUGGUUUACGAAUCCUCAGAUCAGUUAUCUACAGUUAGCAGUAAGCGCAAUGGAGAAGUUGUGAAGGCUGGUGGGGUUUCACUAGGAAGCUUGCUGUGGGCACAAAUAGGAAAAAUUUCAAGCAAUUUCAGACCCAUAAGAUCUUAAACCUGCACACCAGCUUCUAUAUUAUUUACUGCCCUUCCACAAAGUUAAGCACAUCUGCAGACUCUUCUUUAUAUCUGAUAGACUCAGCCAAACUGGUCAGCUACACCAUGAACCAAGAACGAGCUCGAAGCUCAUCCUCGGAAGUCGGACAUGACCACCGUUACAAGCCGAGUCGGUCAUAGAUAUGGUCCUUUGAAGUGAUUGUUAGGCACGGAAUUUGUAAGGUCUAGACAAUUACACUUGCGAUACUUAGACAUUCAUGUACAAAGUUAGCUUUAGUAAUUAGUAUGGACCUCUACACUUGAAAGUAUACACUCAUACCAUACCUGCUGAUAAGUUGAUAGUUGAUAAGUUGAAAAUAGUGUUACCAAACGCGCUCAUAAAAGUGUAUACUUUUCAAGUACCACAGUUUGGAUGGAAUGCAAAGUUAAGUACUUAGGGC